AUGGAAGAUUACAAAGUGUUGGAAGUACUGGGAGAGGGAUCCUUUGGCAGAGCUCUCCUAGUUCAGCACAGAAUCAGUGAGCAGAAAUAUGCAAUGAAGGAAAUAAGACUUCCCAUGUCUUCAUCUGAUGUGGAGAACUCCAGGAGGGAAGCAGUUCUUCUGGCUAAAAUGAAACACCCCAAUAUUGUUGCCUAUCAAGACUCUUUUGAAGCUGAUGGGCAUCUGUAUAUAGUGAUGGAAUAUUGUGAUGGUGGAGAUCUAAUGCAGAAGAUUAAACACCAAAGAGGAAAGUUAUUCCCUGAAGGCACGAUCCUUCACUGGUUUGUGCAGAUGUGCCUGGGUGUGAAGCACAUUCAUGAUAAACGUGUGUUGCACAGGGAUAUCAAAUCCAAGAACGUCUUCCUCACUCAAAAUGGGAAAGUCAAACUGGGAGACUUUGGAUCUGCACGCCUUCUGGCACAUCCGGCAUCCUACGCGUGCACCUACGUGGGGACUCCUUACUACGUACCGCCAGAGAUCUGGGAGAGCAUGCCAUACAGCAACAAAAGUGAUAUAUGGUCUCUGGGAUGUAUCCUGUAUGAGCUGUGCACUCUUAAGCAUCCAUUUCAAGCCAACAGCUGGAAACAUCUGAUCCUUAAGAUAUGCAAAGGAUCCUACAAUCCACUGCCAUCUCACUAUUCCUAUGAACUUCACUACCUCGUGAAGCAGAUGUUUAAGAGAAACCCCAAGAGCCGCCCCUCAGCCAGCACUAUUCUUGCAAGAGGCUGCCUGAGCAGACUGAUAGAAACCUGUUUGCCUCCUGAGGUACAGUAAAGAUUGAGCAGCAUGGAUUUAAGCAGUGGCAUUCACAUUUUAAAUGCUAGCAAAGAUGAAAGCAAGCAUAGCCCCUUAGAAAGGAAAACUGCUGCUAAGGAUUUGAGUGAAAGCACAAAGGAACAAAAGAAAUCUGAUGAAGAAGGAGCUGCUGAUUCAUCACCUCCCCAGAGGAAACAGUGGGGAAAGAGGCUAUCCAGUACUGUAGUGGAUGUCCUGGAAAAUGCACCUUUGCUUUCUUCCAGUUUUACAUCUGAAGAGACUAAAGGUGGCUGUGUGAUAAGCUGCAGGGGAAACAAGCCACGCAAGCACUGGAACAAGGAGGCUCCUCAGAGCGUGAUGAGCAUUCUCAGCAAUGCAGAGGUCAGCCUGGCAUUUCAGACAUACACCAUUUACAGACCAGCUUCUGAAAAUGUGUUUAGAGGUCCACUUUGUGAGGACCCUGAAGCACCUGAUGACAUAGAUGGUGACCAUGAAGCUGUUGCCACAGACUCUGGGAGACUGGAGCCUCGGUCUGACGAAGAUGACACGGACUUCGAGGAAGAUGACCCAGACUGGGUGUCAGAACUGAAAACAGCACUGAAGCAGUGACUGAAAUUUGCAAUCUACCUACAACAACUGGAAUUGGGCUUGAAAUGGAGGAGUAGGUAGAGGAUUAAUUGCUGUCUUUGGAAAGAAGUACCAUAAACCCCAGCAAGACUAUGCUGCUGUGUUAAUGAGUAACAAAGGAAUAAAGGAGAAGACAUGCCUUGUGUCUCCAGAACAGA